AUGGAGCAAGAAGUUGCUGCCAUCGUUAUCGACAAUGGGUCGGGAAUGUGCAAGGCCGGUUUUGCCGGUGAUGAUGCACCACGAGCUGUAUUUCCAUCCAUCAUUGGAAGACCCCGUCAUCAUGGUAUCAUGAUUGGUAUGGGCCAGAAAGACUCCUACGUUGGCGAUGAGGCACAGUCGAAGCGCGGUAUCCUUACGCUAAGAUAUCCCAUCGAACAUGGUGUUGUCACAAACUGGGAUGAUAUGGAGAAGAUCUGGCAUCAUACCUUCUACAAUGAACUCCGUGUCGCACCAGAAGAGCACCCUGCUCUCUUUACCGAAGCUCCCAUCAAUCCUAAGUCUAAUCGGGAGAAGAUGACGCAAAUCGUCUUCGAAACAUUCAAUACCCCAGCUUUUUACGUCUCCAUUCAGGCCGUGCUGUCACUGUACGCUUCUGGUCGUACGACAGGUAUUGUGCUUGACUCUGGCGACGGUGUUACCCACGUUGUUCCUAUCUACGAGGGCUUUGCUCUUCCCCAUGCUAUUUCCCGUAUCGAUAUGGCGGGUCGCGAUUUGACCGACUAUUUGAUGAAGAUCCUGGCCGAACGCGGCUAUCCUUUCUCGACCACUGCGGAGCGCGAAAUUGUCCGCGAUAUGAAGGAGAAGCUUUGUUAUGUUGCGCUUGACUUCGAACAAGAGAUUCAGACCGCCGCGCAGAGCUCUAGCUUGGAGAAGUCCUACGAGCUUCCUGAUGGACAGGUUAUCACAAUUGGCAAUGAGCGAUUCCGAGCUCCCGAAGCUCUCUUCCAGCCAUCCGUUUUGGGCCUUGAGAGCGGCGGUGUCCAUGUCACAACUUUCAACUCAAUCAUGAAGUGUGACGUUGAUGUCCGAAAGGACCUUUACGGCAACAUUGUCUUGUCCGGUGGUACCACCAUGUAUCCUGGUAUUUCUGAUCGUAUGCAAAAGGAAAUCACGGCUCUUGCUCCCUCAUCUAUGAAAGUGAAGAUCAUCGCUCCUCCUGAACGGAAAUACUCCGUCUGGAUCGGUGGCUCUAUCCUUGCUUCCUUGUCGACCUUCCAGCAAAUGUGGAUCUCUAAACAGGAAUAUGAUGAAGAUGGACCUUCUGUCGUGCACCGAAAGUGCUUCUAA